AUGACAGAACUUGGACACAUCUCUCGAGACUGGAAACUAGUGGUGAUCCGCAAGAAGGCCCCCACCGCCGCCGCCCAUAAGGACGAGAAGACCGUCAACGCCGCCCGUCGCGCCGAUGCCGAGAUCAAAACCAUCAGAAAAGCUAAUGCUGCAUCGAACAAAGCUGCCUCAAGCAGUACUACUCUAAACACAAGGAAGCUUGAUGAUGAAACAGAGAGGCUCACACAUGAUCGUGUACCUACUGAGCUGAAGAAAAAUAUUUUGCAAGCUCGAAUGGACAAGAAACGUACUCAAGCUCAACUUGCUCAAAUUAUCAAUGAGAAGCCUCAAAUAAUCCAAGUGUACGAAUCUGGGAAAGCAAUUCCAAAUCAGCAGAUAAUUACCGAGCUGGGGAGGGCUCUUGGAGCGAAACUGCCGUGAAAGAAAUGAAGUGAAUGAACGUAAAGAGAGUAAGAAAAUUCUAUUAUAUGCCAAUGGUGGAUGUAUAGAAAUCUCAAGUUUCUGGAUGGUGCUCGUGUUAAAGAAUAUGUACGUGUUUGUAACAAAACCCUUUUGUUUUGACAGUUGUUUGGUGAGUUGCCUUAACCUUUUUUUUUUUUUUUUU